UCAAGAGCAUCUCACUUUGCCUGCUCCUCCUGCCAGCUGAGAUCAAGGAAAUAAUGUCUGGCUCCCAUAAACUUGUGGUUUUGGCUGUCCUUGUGUUUGGAUGCUUGGUCUUAGUGUCAGCAUAUAUUCGACCAACUAAGUUCACCACCAAAUGCUGCAAGAAGGCACCACCCAAUAAAGUCACCAUUGAGAUUAUCAGCUACGAGCGCCAAAAUGCCCUGGGUCAUUGUGUGGAUGCCAUCAUAUUUCAAACAAAGAAACAUGUAAAAUUUUGCGCUGCUCCCAACGCACCCUGGGUACAGAAAAAAGUCAAAGAAUUGGACAAGAAACAAUGAGGAGAACAUGGAAAUGGAUUUCGGAAUGGAUUCAACAUUUUUAUUCAAGCGCGCCAUUGUUAAUUUACUAUUUACAUUUUGUUUUUCAAUUAAAGUUUAAGAAAAAUAUGUC